AUGCAAGUAAAAAUGCCCUCUGCGGAGCCCCCUGAGUCCCAGCAGGGGUCAGGGUACAGUACGUGGCAGGUGCACACUACAUCCCUGCCCCCACAGUGGGCCUCCUGGAGAGAGAGCUUCCAGUUACAAACUUAGAAUUCCUUGGGUGUAACGAGACAGCCAGGUAGUAAUUACCAAGUAUCAUGUCGAGCACUAGGCUGUUGUGCCAGUCUGCAGGGUCUCAUUUAAUAUUUGCAAGAACUCUGCAAACGGGUUUCUGGUAGGCAGGCCCUCCAAAGAUGGCAGUGGCCUAAUCCCAGAACCCUUGAAUAUGUGACCUAAACGGCCAAAGAGGGGCUUGUAAGUGUGAUUAAGGAUGGGCCGUGAAAUGGGGAGAGUGUCCUGGAUUGCUGGGCUGGGGCGAGGCGGGGAGGCAACCUAUCCCAUGACAUCGAGAACCUUUCCCAGCUGGACCAAAGAGAUGCAACGUGGCUGACUUAGGGAAGAAGGCAGCCUCUAGAAGCUGGAAAAGGCAAGGGAAUAGAUUCUCCCCUGGAGCUGGCAGGAGGACCAGCCCUGCUGGACGCCUAACUUACAGAACCGUGAGGUGGUGAACUUGAAUUGCUUUAAGCCACCAAGUAAGUUCGGGGUAGUUUGUUUAAAGCAAUGGAAGACUAACGCCUGACCGAGUUAAUUAUUCCCAUGUUACGGGGAACAUAAAGGCUGAGAGAGGCCACGUGGCAAUGAGCAGAGCCAGAAAAACCCAGGUCAGGUGCGUCCAGCUCCAGAUUUCCAUCUGGCCUGGAUCAGAAGGGCACAGAGCACUGAUGCUCCGCAGCUUCUUGGAGGCGUGGUGGCCCCUUUAAGGAUGGGGCGGGGCUCGCGGUUGCCUGGAGACCGACCCAGUCAGGACGCGCAGGUCCCGCAUCGCCACCGCUGGGCCUGGGGGAGCCAGCUGAGCGUCUGGAGCUUGGUGGGCACCCGGAGCGGGAUCCCAGCGUCCCCGGCCGGUGGUCCUUUGUCCGCCACGGCGGACGUGACAGCCAGUGCCGGCUCUUCCUCCGCUUACCUGACCGGACUCCCAGUACCUGGGCAGAUAAAACUCAUCAGUGCCCUGAAACGAACGGCUCUCAGCCAAGGAAUCACGUGAUCCGCAUAUAAACGGACAUCCAAGGUGAUGGUGAAGGAAAAGAAAAAAGCAGACAAGAAAGGGGAGAAGUUCUCCCACUCGCCCUCAUCUCUCUUUGAUUAUCCGGAGGUUUCCAAACAAAAUGGCAAUGCCGCGAAGCCCGAAGUGUCCCCCAGCGCUAUCCCACCCUUGGAAAUGCAGCUCAGUGAACCGGGACCCAAAAGAGAGUCCAAAGACGAAAGUCCAAAGGUUGAAGACAUCAGUGGAUAUGAAGAGCCCAUUCUGACCAAGCUCAUCGUUGAAAGCUACGAAGGGGAAAAAGUCCGCGGACUCUACGAGGGAGAAGGCUUUGCCGUCUUCCAAGGAGGCUGUACCUACCAAGGCAUGUUUUCAGAAGGACUCAUGCAUGGACAAGGGACUUACAUUUGGGCCGAUGGAUUGAAGUAUGAGGGGGAAUUCGUGAAGAACAUCCCCAUGAACCACGGUGUGUACACGUGGCUGGACGGCAGCACCUACGAAGGGGAAGUGACAAACGGCCUGAGGAACGGAUUCGGGAUGUUCAAGUGCAGCACGCAGCCCGUGUCCUACAUCGGCCACUGGUGCCAUGGCAGGAGACACGGGAAGGGCUCCAUUUAUUACAAUCAAGAGGGUACCUCUUGGUACGAGGGGGACUGGGUCUACAACAUCAAAAAGGGCUGGGGAAUAAGAUGUUACAAAUCUGGAAACAUAUACGAGGGUCAGUGGGAAGACAACAUGCGCCACGGGGAAGGCAGGAUGAGGUGGCUGACCACUAACGAAGAGUACACUGGCCGGUGGGAGCGAGGCAUCCAGAAUGGCUUUGGAACCCACACGUGGUUUCUGAAGCGGAUCCCCAACUCCCAGUACCCUCUGAGAAAUGAGUACAUAGGAAGCUUCGUGAACGGGUACCGGCACGGCCGUGGGAAGUUUUACUAUGCCAGCGGGGCCAUGUACGAGGGAGAAUGGGUCUCCAACAGAAAGCAUGGCGUGGGCCGACUGACGUUCAAGAACGGGCGUGUGUAUGACGGCCUGUUUGCCAACGACCACAUAGUGGAGUUCCCAAACCUCGACGCUGAACCGAUAGAUUAUCCAGACCUGUCCUCAGAACCUGCCUCUUGGAGCCAGUGUCUAGCAUCUUCCACCAGUGCUGAAAUCAUCAGAAAGCUGGAUGGCAGUGAAAGUAAUUCAGUGUUAGGAUCGAACAUCGAGCUGGACCUAGAUUUGCUGCUGAGCACGUACCCCAAGAAGGACCAGCCGGAGGAAAAGAAGCAGGUAGAAUAUGCUGUCUUAAGAAAUAUUACAGAAUUAAGGAGAAUCUAUAGCUUUUACAGCAGCCUAGGAUGCGAUCGCUCGCUGGAUAACACCUUUCUGAUGACAAAGCUUCACUUCUGGAGGUUUCUAAAAGAUUGCAAGUUUCAUCACCAUAAAAUAACUCUUGCUGAUAUGGACAGGGUAUUAAGCGCCAGUAUGAACAUACCAGUUGAAGAAAUUCAUUCUCCAUAUACGACGAUACUUUUGAGAACAUUCCUGAAUUACCUCCUGCAGUUGGCUUACCACAUUCAUCACAAAGAAUACCAGAACAGAAGCCCAUCGCUGUUUUUGUGUUUCACAAAACUGAUGGCCGAGAACAUUCAUCCAAAUGCCUGCCGCGUGAAAGGCAAUUUUUUCAACGGGCAACAGCAGGCACUCUAUUUGAUGAAUUAUGUUGAUAAGUGCUGGGAGAUUUACACGGCUUACUGCAGACCGAAUCCGGCUCCUCCCCACGAGCUUACGAUGAAGAUGAGACACUUCCUCUGGAUGCUGAAAGACUUUAAAAUAAUAAAUAAAGAAUUAACGGCAACCAAAUUUGUGGAGAUCAUAGCAGAGGACAACCCUUUUAUGCAUGAUGGAAUUGACAGCAACUUUGAACUUGAGCUGGUUUUUCUGGAAUUCUUUGAAGCUCUCUUAAGCUUUGCAUUCAUCUCUGUUACUGACCAAACGUCUAGCUCCUAUUUAAAUUUUCCAAGUGAUGUCUUAUCCGGAAACAAACAGGGAAACAUCUCCACGGCGACGAAUCAGAACAGGAGUCCGAGUACAGCAACAAGCCAGGGAUCCGAUGUGCACUGUGACAGCACCAAGUCAUUGCCCAGCAAGUUAGGACUCUUGUUUGAUUUUAACAAAAUCAAGAAAUCAGAGGCCCAGGUCAGCAAGUCGCUAAGUGAUGAAGGAAUCGCCAAAAUGAAUUUUAAAUCUUCAGGAAAGGGGCUGACCUUUUUUUUAUCACAAAAAGAGAAAAAAGAAAAACCCAAGGAUGAAGAGAAGGACAAGCUCGGCACGUGGCUCGGCAACGUGUGCGUCUUCUUCAUGAACACGCUGUUCCAAGCGCACAAGCACGAAGAAGUUCUCAAGGAGAAAGUGGAGGAACAGAGGCUGCUGCACGCAGCCCUGGCCAAGCAGAGGCAAAUGGAGGAUGACGAGCUGGAAGCCAAGCUGAAUAGCUUGAGGGAGGAAGAGGCCAAAAGACAAGACUAUGAGGUCGACAUCACCGUGAUCAAGGAACCGGUGGACGCCCCAUCCAGGAGUUUCACGAUGAGCCCCCCGAAAGAGGAGAUGGUGUCCCAGUCCAAAUCCAUCACAAGUAAGAAAAGGAGAAGAUAGGUUACUGGGUUUGCAAAUGAGCCUCAAGAAUAAGCAGAUGUAAAAGUUUAGAGCCGAAGCACAGGAACAAACUUCCUGAUCAAUAAAGUGGCUUGCUUUA